AAUAUAAAAUUCACCAAUUCUUCUUCUUCUUUGAGUACGAGAAUCUAGAAUGUGGGCAUAUGUUUCGUUUUAUGCUGGAUUGAGCCAAUUUACAAAUCCAUACUCCUGUUCAAGAUUUCCUCGAGAAACAAAUGGUUUGUUUUGAUACGAGGAACGUUCUUGAAGAUUUGUUGUUGCUGAUGAUGCUGCAUGGAAGAAGAAGAAGCUAAAUCUUUUCUUCCGAUGCUUCCCUUUCAGGGUUUUGUGUCUUUUGGUGAGUUCUUCUUCAUUCGCAUCUUCUUGACCACUUUUCUUCGUGAUGAUUGUUCCCGAUUCGCAUUUCUUUAGGAGGGUUGGUGUCGGAAUCAUGAAACUGUAAUUAGAAUGCGGGUUACAGUUCUGCUUUAUCGAUUUCAACAAAAGGGUUUUGAUCUUGAUUUUUUUCUUUUCAUCAUUUGUGGUCAAUUUCUAAGAAGGGAUUUGAUUGUUUAGUAAAAAGUUGCAAUCUUGACUGAUAAAAAUGGGAUCAAAUGGCCGUCGUGGUGGUGGGUCUCAACCUCCAAAGUCUGAUGGAUUGGCUAGACAAAGCUCUUUGUAUAACCUAACCUUAGAUGAGGUUCAAACCCAAUUAGGGGAUCUUGGAAAGCCACUUAGUAGUAUGAAUCUUGAUGAGCUUUUAAAGAGUGUUUGGUCUGCUGAAGCUAAUCAAGGGCUGAACAGUGGGCAGGCUGACUAUUCUCAUCAUGGUCAACCUGCUUCUGGUUCGUCUCUGGCUCGACAAUCGAGCGUUAAUCUUUCUCAAGAUCUAAGGAAACGAACAGUUGAUGAAGUAUGGCAAGAUAUCCAACAAGGUCAGAAGAAUAAUAGUAGUACUAGUAGUAACAAUAACAAUGGUAGUAGUAAUAGUAAUCUUGAUAAAACGGGUAGUAAUCGGGAGCGACAACCGACACUAGGUGAAAUGACGUUGGAGGAUUUCUUGGUUAAGGCAGGGAUUGUUGCCGGAUCUUCACCUGGAAAGAAAAACCCGGCUUCUGUGAUUGGAAUUGAAUCAAAUGUGUCGCAUCAACAGAGUAUAAAUCAUCAACAAGCACAAUGGAUGCACUACCAAGUCCCACCAAUUCAGCCGCAACAUGUGUAUAUGACAGGGCAUCAUCCAGUUCAACAGUCUUUGUCUAUUGGUGCGAACGCAAUGAUGGAGUUGGCUUAUCCCGAGACCCAAAUAACAAUGUCGCCUUCGCAUUUGAUGCACAAUCUAUCGGAUACACAGACGCCUGGACGGAAAAGAGUUGCCUCUGGAGAUGUGAUAGAGAAGACUGUGGAAAGGAGGCAAAAGAGAAUGAUAAAAAAUAGGGAAUCUGCAGCACGUUCACGAGCAAGAAAACAGGCUUACACCCAUGAGCUGGAGAACAAAAUUUCACGUUUGGAAGAGGAAAACGAAAGGCUUAAGAGACAGAAGUUCGUAUUUGCAGGAGAUAGGGAAGGUUUUGCCAAGUGCACCGCCACCCGAACCAAAGUACCAGCUCCGAAGAACAAGCUCAGCGCCUUUCUAACACGAAUUCUUGGUGUCAAGGAUUAUGUAGAGCCAUUUUGUCUUUUCAUUCUUCUUUUUUUUCUUUCCAAUUUUCCAUAGGAGACAUAUGGGUUCUGAUACCUUGUGUUGUUUCCUUAGUUAUCUUGCAGACUGCUCUACAAUGCCACUCACUUUUCCUUGUAUGUAUAUUUUUAAGACAAAUAUGAAUCUCUUCAAUGCCAACCU